AUGAGCACCGUAGCUGUUUUCGGCUGCACUGGAGCCGUAGGUUCCAAGAUCCUCGACACGCUGCUGGCGACAGACUUCUUCACCUCGGUCAAGACCAUCUCGCGUCGCGCGCCCAAGACGGCCUCGUCCCCCAAGCUAGAUGCCCUCAUCGAGACCGACACCAGCAAGUGGAACCCGGCGCUUGCGGCCCUGCAUCCAACUCCCAGUGUCGUCUUCAACGCCGUGGGGACCACACGCGCCGCCGCGGGGGGCAUCGACAACCAGUGGAAGAUCGACCAUGACCUGUGCAUCGAGAACGCCAGGGCCGCCAAGGAGGCCGGCGUCAAGACAUACGUGUACAUCUCGAGCGCCGGCACCCGGGGCUUCCUCAGCAACAUGGUGCCGUACUCGCGCAUGAAGGUCGGCGUCGAGGAUGCGAUCAAGGAGCUGGGCUUUGAGCAGGCCAUCAUCCUGCGGCCCAAGGCCAUCCUCGGCGAGAGGGAGGUGCCUAAGAAUGCCUUCUUCGAGGGUUUGAUGGGGAACCUGAACAAGAUCAGCCAAGGCCUGCAGGACAGUUUAGGCUCGGACCAGGUCUAUAUCGGUAGGACCGCGGUUCUCGCUGCCCACCUGGCGGCGGAGGGCAAGGCCCCUUCCAAGUAUUGGGUACUGGAGAAUUCCGACAUCCUCAAGAUGGGCAGAGAUGAGUGGAAGCAGUGA